AUGCUUCUUCUGACCAUAGUCCUACUCUUGACUGCUGUUCUGGACCAAUCUCUAGGAGAGGAGGAGGCAGAGGAGCUGAAGGCGAAGAGGGAGGAGGAUGAAGAGGAAGAUGAGAAUGAGGAGGGAGAGGAAGACGAUAAAAUAAUUGGGAGUGGAGUCCCUCUAAAGGCACAAAUGAUAAUUGUUCACAAACACAAUGAAAUCAGGCGUAUGGUUAAACCUCCUGCCUCCAAUAUGCUGAAAAUGCAAUGGAACGAGACAAUUGGCGAGAACGCUCUCAGAUGGGCUGAACGAUGUAUUCUAUCAAACAGUCCAAAAGAAAGUCGAAAGCUGGGUGACAUGGAAUGUGGUGAGACGAUAUAUCAGGCAAAUCAUGUCACCCAGUGGACAGAUGUUAUCGACUUCUGGAAGGGUGGAAAGAAGGAUUUCAUGUAUGGUGUUGGGGCUAAAGACCCAAGAAGAAACAUAUUUGGCUACACUCAGCUUAUUUGGUAUAACUCGUACAUAGUUGGAUGUGCAGCUGCUUAUUGCCCAGAUAUUACUUUCCCUUUCGUAUACAUAUGCCAGUACUGCCCAGGGGGGAACCUAAUGAGCCAAAUUCCAACACCCUACAAAAAAGGCCCAUCCUGUGCAGACUGCCCUAAAAACUGUGAGGAUAAACUCUGCACCAAUCCCUGCAAGUACAAGGAUACUAUUCUGAACUGCAAUGAGUUGAAAAGUAUCUUCUCUUGUAAAAAAAGACUGUUGGUCAAUGGCUGCCAAGCCACCUGUAGAUGCAAAACCGAGAUUGUAUAA